UAAGCGGCGCACCCGCCCCUCCCUUUCCGGUCUGGUCUUCCCGGCGUAGGUGGCUCCAAGUGUGUUGGGCUGGAGAGCGGGAGUGAGAGCUGCAGUUCGGGGCUGUGAGCCUGUGGGGUCUGGAGUGCAGAGGUUCCCUGUGGCCCUCAGGACGUCACCAUGCCUAAAGCACCAAAGGGAAAAAGCACAGAAAAAAAAAUCAUCCACCCAUAUAGUAGAAAAGCUACACAAAUUACAAGAGAGGCCCACAAACAAGAAAAGAAGGAAAAAUUGAAGAAUGAAAAGGCUUUACGUCUCAACCUUAUUGGUGAAAAACUGCAGUGGUUUCAAAAUGAGCUGGAUCCCCAAAAAAUGAGAUAUUCAAAGAAAGACGCUUGUGAAUUAAUUGAAAGGUAUUUAAAUCGAUUCAGCAGUGAGCUGGAGCAGAUUGAGUUACACAACAGCAUCAAGGACAGGCAGGGAAGGCGCCACCAAGCCCGGGAGACAGUCAUCAAGCAGACAAUGGAGCGUGAACGACAGCAAUAUGAAGGCUACGGCCUUGAGAUUCCAGACAUUUUACAUGCAAGUAGUCUGAAAACCUUUAGGGAAUGGGAUUUGGAUCUGAAGAAAUUGCCAAACAUUAAAAUGAGAAAACUUUGUGCGAAUGAUGCAGUUGCUAAGAAGCGCAAGAAGAAAACUCAGAAUUUAACUAUAGACAAAGAUUUAGGGCAAUUGGAACUAAAAGGCAAAUCAAGUGACUCGGAUGAAGAAAUGACUUCUGUGGCCUAAUUGUCCUUACUUGAGUUGAAAAUAAGUAAUAUGAGAACUUUAAGUCACACUCAUUACUCAUGAGAAAUAAUUAUCUAGUAUUUGCUGUUUAACUCAUUCUCUCAUAAUGUGAAUCACAUUUGCAAUUUCAAAUAUGGUGUUGUAAUUUUUAUUUAAAAAUGAAAGUAGUGUUUCAUUUAUAUUGUUGCUAAAGUAGAAAAUAUAUUCUGUUUUUCAUUACUAUAACAAAAUACCAGAGGCUGGAUAACAUAAAGAAAAGAAGUUUAUUUAGCUCAUGGUUUUGGAGGCUGAAUGUCUAGACAGCACAGUGCUGGCUCUGGUGAGGCCUCCUCUUGCUGCUACACGUCAUGGUGCGUGGUUAUCGCAGUGGUGGGAGGGCACAAGAGAGGGAAAGAUCACAUGGCAAGACAGGAAGCCAGAAAAUGAAAGGGUCCCAUAAUGACAUCCCACCAGGCCCCGUCUCUUAAAGGCCCAAGAGAAUUAAAUGAUUUCAGGCGAGCUCCAUUUGAUUAUUAUAUUAUUUUCUGCUUUCUCAUUGUGAAAAGUGAUAGGCUUUAUUCAGACCCAAAGGUUAGAGAACUAAUGAUUAUAACUGUUACUGCUGAGAUACAUGACUUAAAUUAAUAAACAUAUUUCAAGUACCAUGACAAGCAUGAAUAUUCUAGAAUUUUGCUCUUCAAAUAAUCUACUAAAUGCUAAUAUAUGUUAGUCUGUCUUUUAAAGGAUGCAAGUAAAAGUUUUCAAGAAAAGGAAAAAAUGCUGUGUGAGAUUAACUAGGUAUCAACUAAAUUGUUAACAACUUAUACAAAGUGUUACAACUUUUAUACUUCUGCAAAUUAAAAAUAAAGUUUAUUUCUAUGACUUCUUAAA